UGACUCCAAGCAAGUUGUAGAGACAGACACAGGAAAUGUGAUUUAUUUUGUCCGGACAACAACGCUGGCUUUUUAAGAGUUGCUCUUGUUCAUUAAGGCAGCAUGUCUCUUUUCAAGGCCCGUGAUUGGUGGUCAGUGGUGCUGGGGGAGGGAGAGGAGUUUGACCAAGGAUGCCUGUGUGUCGGAGAUGUGGACAACAGUGGCUCAGGACAUGAUAAGGUUGUGGUUGGCAGCUACAUGGGUAUGCUUCGCAUCUUCUGCCCUCAUGCCGAUAAACUCGGGGAGGGAGGCCAGAGCCUGGCGGAUGCCCAGCUCCUGGAAAUCCAGCUCCCAGACUCCAUCAUACAGGUGGAAGUGGGCAAGUUUGUCUCGUGUUCUGAGCUCCUCCACUUGGCUGUUCUCCAUCCUAGGAAACUCUCUGUCUAUUCUGUCUCAGGCAUGGUGGGGAAUGUGGAGCACGGUGCCCAGUACCAGUUGAAGUUGGUUUAUGAACACAACCUGCAGAGAACUGCCUGCAACAUGACUACUGGUCCCUUCGGAGGGGUCACUGGCCACCACUCCCUAUGCAUUCAGUCCAUGGAUGGGAUGUUGAUGUUCUUUGAGCAGGAGAGUUACUCCUUCGGCAGGUUCCUCCCUGGCUUCUUACUGCCUGGCCCCCUGGUCUACUGUCCCAGAACUGACACCUUCCUCACGGUGUCCUCUGCCAGACAGCUGGAGAGCUACAAGUACGAGACUCUGGCUGUGGCCACUGAGGCAGAGAACAGACAAGACACGGGCGGGCCCCUCAAGACUGGAGGCAAACGAUUGACGCCUGAUUGGACGUUUAUCCUUGGGGAGCAAGCGCUGGACCUGUCGGUACCCUCCUUCUCUCACUCUGCCUCCUCCGUCUUCAUCCUGGGAGAGAGAAACCUCUACUGUCUCCGUGAUAAUGGUCAGAUACGCUUCAUGAAGAAACUUGAGUACAAUCCCAGUUGCUUCCUACCCUACACCUCAGUGACGGAUGGCACUACCAACCUGUUACUUGGGAACCACACCAAUAUGCUUCUGGUGUACCAGGACGUGACUCUCAAAUGGGCGGCCCAGCUCCCCUGCGUGCCCGUGGCAGUGCGCCUUGCCAACUUACCGGAGCUGAGGGGGGUUGUGGUGACCUUAAGUUCAGACGGCCACCUCCAGUGCUCCUACAUGGGCACCGACCCCUCCUUCUUCUCCACACCCAAGGUGGAUGCACGGGAGGCUGAUUACCAGCAGGUGGAUGCUGAAAUGAGGAGCCUGCAGAAAUUCAUUAGGGAGGCCACCAAGACCCAGGACAUCCUCCCCAAAGCUGACACUGAAGAGGACCUGGCUGUCACAGCUACCGUCUGCACCAGCAUGGACAGCCCAUCACAAGCUCUGAUCCAGGACAUUGAUGGUCUCCUGGUCCCAUCAGUCACUGUCAAGGUGAAAGUGAAGGCCAGCUCUCCCCUGCAUGGCUGUAAGCUGACCGUCUGCGUCCAGCCUCCUCUGGCUGUCACUCAGGAUCAGUUUGCCCUGGAGCCCAUGGAUAUGGGAUCCUCUUCUGUUGUGGAGUUUUCUGCUUUCCUCAAUGGUCACUACCCCCCUGCUGACCUGACAGGGGACAUAGCUGUAUCCUACAGUUCCCCAACAGGCGUUCCCAGGGUGCUUCAGUCCAAGUUCUCUUUGCCCCUGAUUCUGGUGUGUGUGCCAUCCUCCCCAGCCAAGAGCGCCAACCACAAAAUCACAAUAGAGACCAACAAACCCCCUGUUAGCAUCAGCUCCAUCUUUCCUGAAUUUUUUGAGAAGUCUGCGGAUAAGGAGGGGAACAGUCUGGCCUUCCAGUUUCUUUCAGGAGCUAGGGUCACUGUGCUGGCCUCGAAGACCUCCCAGCGGUAUCGUGUUCAAAGUGACAGUUUUGAAGACAUGUGGCUGGUGGUGAAGGAGUUGGUCCAGCGGUUUGAGCAGCACUUCACCAGGCUGGGGGUCAAAGACUUCAGAAACAGCUUUUCUGGUCCCUUGCCCCUGGCAGAGUACUUUCAAGCUGUGGAUCACCACUUCCAGCUGCGUGUGAGUGCUCAGCAGUAUCAAGACCUUUUGGCUGAGCGGGCAGUCCAGUUUAGAGCCAUCCAGCGACGUCUGCUGACCCGCUUCAAGGACAAAACCCCAGCACCGCUUCAGAACCUGGACAGCUUGCUGGAUGGUACCUACCACCAGGUGAUUGCCUUGGCGGAGGCAGCGGAGGAGACCAGGGUGCGGUUGGAGCAGGCUUUUGUCCAUCUGCGUAGUUCCAGUCACCUGCUAGUGCUGCUGCUGUCGCUGUGGCAAGGCCUGACCCCAGAUCAGACCGCCAUACUGGAGGCCACGCUGCUGCCGCUGCUCAGAGACACUCCCACACUGGGCUGGGAGGAGAGCUGUGAUGCUGCCGUGUCCCACCUGCUGAGGACCUGCCUGUCACGGAGCCCAAAGGACCAGGCCACCUCUCUGGCCCAGACAGGGGGCCCUGUGCUGGGCCUGCCCCGCGACACGACCAGGCUGAAGAAGCACAUCACCCUUCUAUGUGACCGCAUUGGAAAGGGGGGCCGGCUUACCCUGGCCUCCGAGGCCAAUGUCCAAUCGCGUGCCGAGGUCCAGACACUGGCCCUACCUGGAAUGACCAAGGCCAUGGAGUUACAUGAGCUGGUGAUGCAGAAGAAAUUCUGCUUUGCUAAAGUUGCUUUUAGUAAUCUAAAGGUGGUGUUUUGA